UGCGGGCCGAGCAGGUGAAGCUGGAGGGGAAACAGGGCGGGGAGCCGCGCCGAGAAGCAGGAAGAACACAACAACAUGGUGCGGUGACACCGCGGACGCGCCGACCGAGAAAUACACUGGCUACUGACUGCUUCAAGUCGCCGCUAACUUGGAGAGGACACGCGACGUGUGACACGCAACGAUGAGUCGACCACGCACCAACUCCGUGGGGCCCGACGAUGAGGUCAUGCCGUACAGUGACGAUGAGACGGAUGACGAAUUGGAAGUGCCGAGCGAGGAGGAAGUGGAGCCAGCGGCGGGAGACCUGGAGCCUGAAGUGGAAAUCAGGCCGAGUGAAAUGGGGUGGAAGGUGAAGGCCAACGACCGGCCGUACCAUCAGCUGCCAGAGUUCCAAAAGAAAGUCUUCCUCUGCAUCAAAAAGAGCAGAUACUCAGGAAAUGCCAUAAAGACCUACAAGUACAACGUCAUCACCUUCCUCCCUCUCAACCUCUACGAGCAGUUCAAGAGAGCAGCCAACCUCUACUUCUUGGCUCUGCUCAUCUUACAGGUCAUUCCAGACAUCUCCACACUGCCCUGGUAUACAACACUGAUUCCAUUGGUUGUCGUGUUGGGGGUCACCGCUAUCAAAGAUCUAGUGGAUGAUCUGGCCAGACACAGAAUGGACAAGGAGAUCAACAACAGACGGUGUGAUGUGCUGCUCGAUGGCAGAUUUCAAGAAUCAAGGUGGCGGAACAUCCAAGUGGGGGAUGUGGUUCGCAUCAGGAAAAAUGACUUCAUUCCGGCCGACCUUCUCCUGUUGUCCACCACCAAUCCAAACAGUUUGUGCUAUGUGGAAACGGCGGAACUUGACGGCGAAACCAACCUUAAAUUCAAGAUGGGGCUUCGCGUGACUGAUGAGCUGCUGCAGGAGGAGCGACAGCUGGCCCAGUUUGACGCCCUGAUCGAGUGUGAGGAGCCCAACAAUCGUCUGGACAAGUUCACUGGGACAAUGAAAUGGAACCGCGAGAGCUACCCUCUGGACCUGGACAACAUGCUGCUCCGAGGGUGCAAGGUCCGAAAUACAGACAUAGUUCAUGGACUAGUCAUCUUUGCUGGUGCUGACACUAAAAUCAUGAGGAACGGCGGAAAAACCAGAUUCAAGAGGACAAAAAUCGACGAGCUCAUGAACUACAUGGUUUAUACAAUCUUCGCCCUGCUGAUCCUGGUGGCCGCUGGUCUGGCCAUCGGACACACCUUCUGGUACGACGAGAUCGGCUCUAAAGCCUGGUACCUGUUCGAUGGCAAAGACCACGAUUCCUCCUACAGAGGUUUCCUGAGUUUUUGGGGAUACAUCAUCGUCCUUAACACCAUGGUGCCCAUUUCCCUCUAUGUCAGUGUGGAAGUGAUUCGUCUGGGGCAGAGCAAGUUCAUCAACUGGGACCUUCAGAUGUAUUUUCCACAGAAAGACACGCCAGCAAAGGCCCGGACCACCACCCUGAACGAGCAGCUCGGACAGAUAGAGUACAUCUUCUCCGACAAGACGGGAACUCUGACGCAGAACGUCAUGCAGUUCAAGAAGUGCACGAUUGCUGCGCGAAAAUAUGGGGAUCCCACCACUGCUGAGGGAGUUAAUUUGGACCGAGGAAGGCCUGUAGACUGGAGUUGGAACAAGUACGCAGACAAAAAGUUCCAGUUCAUGGAUCACUCCUUGGUAGCAGUGGUGAGAUCCAAGAAGGACAAAGAAGCCAUGGAGUUUUUCAAACUCCUGUCUCUGUGUCACACCGUCAUGGUGGAGCAGAAGGACGGAGAACUGGUCUACCAGGCGGCGUCUCCUGAUGAGGGCGCUCUCGUCACCGCUGCCAGGAACCUCGGCUUUGUGUUUCUUUCUCGCACCCAGGACACAAUCACCAUCAGAGAAAUGGACCAGGAGGCCACCUAUGAGAUGCUGGCCCUGCUGGACUUCAACUCGGACCGCAAACGAAUGUCCAUCAUCCUGAAGUUCCCUGACGGUCGGAUCCGUCUGUACUGUAAAGGGGCUGACACGGUCAUCUAUGAGCGACUCUCUCCAAACUCCAAAUACAAGGAGUACACUCAGUCCUCCCUGGAUGACUUUGCCAACGAGACGCUGCGAACUCUGUGCUUGUGCUACAAAGACAUCAGCACCAACGAGUAUGAGGCGUGGUCCAGGAAACACAAGGAGGCUCAGGUGGUCUUGGCCAACCGAGAUGCUGCUCUUGAUCGAGUGUACGAGCUGAUAGAGAACAACCUGAUGCUGAUUGGAGCGACAGCCAUCGAGGACAAGCUUCAGGAUGGAGUUCCAGAGACCAUCGCGAAACUGGCCAAGGCGGACAUCAAGAUCUGGGUUCUAACUGGUGAUAAGAAAGAGACGGCAGAAAACAUUGGCUUCUCCUGUUCACUCCUGACUGAUGACAUGAAUAUCCAUUACGGAGAAGAUGUGAAUGAGAAGCUGAGGGUCCGACAGGCGCGCAGGAGAGUCGACCCUGAGACUUACAGCAGGAACAGAAAGAAAAUGGUUGACCCUUUUUUCACUGAGCCAGGCAAGAACGCUCUCAUCAUCACAGGAGGAUGGCUGAACGAGAUUCUAUACGAAAAGAAGAAGAAGCGAAGACGUCUGCGACUUCGUCGGCUGGGAAGGAGGCCGCCCCCGGCCACCCCCGAGGACGGACAGCCCAUGAACGACUGGGAAAAGGAACUCAGACAGAUCGACUUUGUGGACAUGGCCUGUGAGUGCGAAGCUGUCAUCUGCUGCCGUGUCACGCCGAAGCAGAAGGCCAACGUCGUCAGUUUGGUGAAGAAGUACAAGAAAGCAGUGACCCUGUCCAUCGGAGACGGCGCCAAUGACGUCAACAUGAUCAAGACGGCGGACAUCGGUGUGGGAAUCAGUGGUCAGGAGGGGAUGCAGGCCGUCAUGUCCAGCGACUACGCCUUUGCCCAGUUUCGGUACCUGCAGCGCCUCCUGCUGGUGCAUGGCCGUUGGUCAUACAUCCGCAUGUGCAAGUUCCUCCGGUUCUUCUUCUUCAAGAACUUUGCCUUCACUCUGGUUCACUUCUGGUACUCUUUCUUCAGCGGAUACUCGUCACAGGUGGCUUACGAGGACUGGUUCAUCACUCUGUACAACCUGUGUUACAGCAGCUUGCCAGUGCUGCUAGUUGGACUUCUCGACCAGGACGUUAACGACAAACUCAGCCUGAAGUUUCCCAAACUCUACCUGCCAGGCCAGCAAGGACUCUUAUUCAACUACAAAAACUUCUUCAUCAGCUUGUUCCACGGCAUCUUCGUCUCCCUCAUCCUCUUCUUCAUCCCAUACGGAGCGUUUCUGCAAACCAUGGGACAAGACGGAGAAGCCCCCUCGGACUACCAGUCCUUCGCCGUCGUUACUGCCUCGUCUCUGGUUUUCACUGUCAACCUGCAGAUCUCACUGGACACCUCCUACUGGACCUUCGUCAACUGCUUUGCCGUUCUGGGAAGUAUAGCCAUUUACUUCGGGAUCAUGUUCGACAUACACAGUGCUGGAAUCCACGUCAUCUUCCCGUCAGCGUUCACCUUCACUGGUGCAGCAUCCAACGCUCUCCGCCAGCCGUACCUGUGGCUGACCAUCAUCCUGACUGUGGGCAUCAGCCUGCUGCCUGUCAUCUGCAUCCAGUUCCUCCAUAAAACUAUCUGGCCAUCAGUUGGAGACAAGGUCCAGAGGAACAGAAAGAGGUACGAGAUGGAGAUGAAGGAGGAGGAGAAAAAGAAGCAGCCCCCGGCCUUCCAGCGCGGCCAGCGUUCGCGCCGCUCGGGCUACGCUUUCUCCCACUCCAGAGGCUACGCCGACCUCAUCGCCUCCGGACGCAGCAUACGCCGCCGCCCCACACGCGGCGGUCCCCAAGACAGCAUCAGAGAGGUUCCUCAUGCGGAGGCGGAAAACAUCUGAGGGACCACUGUGGGAGAGACUGUGAACUUCUGUGUGGUUCUCCUUCUACCCUUGAAGUUGCUGCUUCCAGAGGGGGGCACUAAACAAUGGCCUGUGAAAGGACUUCAUUCCUGAUGUGAACUUGUGGAGCAAGCAGAUGGGGAGGUUAGCGCCUUCCUCAGUUUGAGGUCCAUGUUACUGAUCCAUAUUUAAAUUAGACAUUUUAAUUCUACUUUUUUUUAAAGCAGACCGCCCACCAUCUUAGCCUGACUUUUCUAGCUCGAGAGAACAUUUAUGAACGACUGUCACUGAAGUCCAAACUUCCUCCUUCAACUGUCCUCUUAUCAUGUAUAGUGAUUAAAACUGGUUGACGCUAGGCCGGUCGGUGUACGGUGGGUGGAAGUUUUCAAGGUAUAUUAAUUUAAACAGUAAUGCAUUUUGUCCUUCAAGUCUUUUUAAAUGUUUGUUUUCGAUGUGUAUGCCGGAUUUUAUCGUUCAGCGUGUGCAAGGUGUGGACUUCCAUGUCAUCAAAUGUUUAUGGGAUUUUAAACUCUGUACAAUUAAAUCUCAUUUUUGAUUUUUAAUCUUAA